AUGGAUACAAAUAGAAUUGAAGUAUCAAAUGUCACAAGAGUUGAAUUUUUGAAGUCCAGUUAUUCACGUAUAGUAACUUCACUGUUUUCCAAACAUAUCAGGCUGAAACCAUCCACCGAUGGAUUGGUGGAAUUCAUUACGGAUGCUGAACUAAUGUCAAGAUUGCAUUGUCUAUCUGUUAAUUUAAAUGAGCUUAGAAAGACAAUUCCAAGUGAUCGCUUAGAUGACUGGCGUAAACAUACAUCAUUUACGCACCCCCUACGUGGUUUUACUCGAGAACGAGCGAAGAGUCUCUGUCACAUCCAGAACUGCACCCAAGCCUUUUUUAAAUUUUAUGAAAUAUUGACUCGUUUUUCGCAUCUCUGCUUUCCUUCCAGUGAGACGGAUAAUGCAAUAAGAAGUUUGCACCUAUGUGAAUCACCUGGCGCAUUCAUUUCGGCUUUGGAUGUAUAUUUGAAACUGGAAAAAAAGGAACUUUCUUGGUAUUGGAAAGCAAAUAGUUUGAAUCCUCAUUAUGAAUGGAAUUCGCCUUUUGAAAUGUUUCUCGAUGACGAAUUAAUCAUAAAUACUUACUCAAACUGGUUAUUCGGUCCUGACAAGAGUGGCGACAUAUUUAAAUGGAGUACCGCAUAUAUUGAUAGCAUCACUGAACGAAUUGGGAAAUUUUCUCUUAUAACUGCAGAUGGAAGUAUUUAUUGUCAGGACAAUCCGGCUGAGCAAGAGUCUAUCACUCUACCACUUUUGGAAAAGGAAGUCGAUAUUGCGUUAUCAUUACUCCAAACUCAUGGCACCUUCAUAGUCAAAAUGUAUACAACAUUUCUUGAUAAUACGAUAGCACUGAUUAAUCGUCUUCUUACAUGUUUCGAAGAAUUACACUAUAUCAAACCUUCUUGCAGUAAACCAGGAAAUUCUGAAGUUUAUUUGCUAUGUGCACGUUACAAAUCUCAUGGAAGUUUUGACUGUGAAUCCAAAUUACAUGCCUCUUACCAAAAGGCUUUAUUUGAAUGUUCAAAAUUUUUCGUGGAACAUCAAAUGGAAAUGAUUAAAUUCAAUAUUGCAACUUUUGGCAAGGCCUCGGAUUUUCAGAGUGAUUUGAAUGAUUUUAUUGCACAAAAAAAGAUGGAAGCAGCAAGACAUUAUGAUCAGCAAAUGUUUAUAACGAAAUUAGAAAAAUUAAACACCGAAAUAUAUACUUCUUCGUUCCGAAAGUACGUAUACCUCCUAUUUUCUUGUUUCAGAUUUCUUUUUUCAGUAUCCCUUGAGUUUGUUUUUGAAAUUUGGAAGCAUAAAAAGAUUAUGUUCAUCGAAUCCUUGGAAAUUCUCAGCACUUGGAAAUUUUAUCGAAGAGUUGCUUUUAUAAAUUUUUCUGUAACCCAAAUCGUUUUUAUUGCUAAAAUUGUGCAAAAUAUGGACGCAAUUUCCGAUAUGUUAAAAGGUGUAACAGUUGCACCGCAAGAACAGUUUGAAAUAUCAGCUUGCUGGAACUGCGACUGCUGUCAUUGGCCUGCUAAUUUCUGUUUGGAACAAUGGGAUAUAGAAGACGUUUUCGAAGUUGGGGAAGCACCAGAUCCAAAAACAAACAUGAAGCAUACGUUGUUUCUGCAACCUAAAGUCAUGGCUCUGUUGAAAUUUGCUUCAUCGGUAAAACUGUAUCUUUUAAGUUUCAGUCUCAUACUUGUACAAGUUCCUCUUACAUUCAUGGUCUAUAGAAAUAGUCAUUUUUAUUUUCAUUUUCAUCAAAAUAUAGACAUUUAUAUUCAGAACAUUGAAGAUAUAUUUUCCGUCUGCAAUAGUCGUGAUAGUAACUGCGCUGAAGGCGGAAGUGAAAGGAGUGUGACAUAUGGCAAUUCAUUACUUGAAAUUAACGCAUCGAAAUUGAAAUGUCAAUUGGAGUGGAUAUUAUUUCUUGAAGAAUUAUUACAGCUAAUGCGAAAUAACCAAAAAGUAACAUUGAAGUUGACCUUUCCUCGUUUUUCCUUCCUGUUAACUCGCUUUUCUGCUUCAUUUAUGGCAAUGUUUUCGUUUUGCUAUAAAAAAGUUGUUUUGAUAUGCUCAAGAAAUAAUUCAUCUGAAAGGUUUCAUGAUCAGUUAAUAUGCGAAGAACCGCGGAUGACUAUUAAUUAUGUAGGAUUUCUUCGUUAUUUAUCGAUCUUGAAGGGAAAUUUAGCAGGAGAUCUCGCCAAAGGAUUGCAUAUCUACCGUUUUGUUCCUGAAUUGCAGUUUAAAUGUGAAUUUUUAUAUACUACAUUACUCCGCUAUAAUUCGUACAUGGCACGCAGAUUAUUGCUUGUAAAGUACAAAUUAUGA